AUGAGACCUCGAGGUAUCCCUCUCCUGGCAGUGGUCCUUGUCUUGGGGCUGUGUGCUCUGGUGGAGGGCCAGAAACCUUCUGCCUGCCAGUGCUCCAGGAUGACACCGGAGAACAGAAAGAACUGUGGCUUCCCAGGCAUCACCAGCGAGGAGUGUUUUGAUAAUGGUUGUUGCUUUGACUCCAGCGUCGGUGGGGUCCCCUGGUGUUUCCACCCACUUCCAAACCAAGCAGAGGAGCAGUGUGUCAUGGAAGUGUCAGCCCGCGAGGACUGUGGGUUCCCGGGUAUCAGCCCCGAGGAGUGUGCCUCUAGAAAGUGCUGCUUCUCUGACCUGGUCUUCGAGGUGCCCUGGUGUUUCUUCCCACAGUCUGUGGAAGCUCCUCCCGCUUCCCCAGACCCCCGUGCCUGUGGAAACAGCCCUAAGAAGGAGUCCCCGCUGUCCACGGGACAACUCCGACUUCCAGUUGUUCCCUCGUUAGAAAGGAAGCUGCCAGGAUCCCCUGGUCGAAUCUUUGGACUUACUUUGAUCUAUGACUUCAAUGCCCGCAUCUCCCGUGUGACACCACUUGGGGAGACCUGUGGGUUUUCUGUCAUUUCCUCCAGAGCAGCCAUUGUAGCGUGA